GGUCGGUGCAGAACGGUCAGAGUGUACCCAUACCUUACUUUACUCUAUCAUUCUCUAUCCGUAAUAUGGACCGAAGACGGGGGUCCGUGCGACCAGCGUCAUCCGAAGAGGUUCAGUGUUGGACACAGGCGUCCAAUUCGCUCAGUUCUCUUUCAAAUAUUUAUACUGCUUCAAAUAGCGUUUCAUUAGAGACAAUAGCUCGCGCUAAUAAGCUGCUUACGUCGUGGCCCCCUGAAGACUCCUCGCCCGGAGAAGGGUAUGAGUCAACCAAAGCGAACUAUAAGCGCCUAUCAUCCGCCCUUAAAGAGAUUAAAGAGAACAGUGAAAAAGAGGAAAAGAUUAUUAAGGAGGCCAUCGAGCAAAUAAGCGUCCUCAUUGCUCUGAGGAAAGCCUCGGAAGACUUUCCAGAAAAACGCAACAAGAGACCACGGCCGUCAUCUCCACCAGCUAGGGGAGGCACGCCUCAACCGGGAAAUGGGCGUGCAUCACUGCAUUCAAAUUCUACACGGGGCUCUGUCGGGCCAACUCCUGCCAUACCCUUCUCGCGUGAGCCAAAAGCUCGAAGGGAGGCGCUAGCCAAACAGCUUCCUUUGCAGGAAGGACGGAAAGUAGCCUUCCAUCCGCCGUCGGGGAAGACGGCCGAUGGUACGAACACUGAUGGGGACGAAAAUACCUGGAUCCUUGCUGUCAUCACAAAAUGUAUAAACCAAGACAAAAAUCGGUACGAGGUACAGGAUGUGGAACCCCAGGAGGACGGCCAACCUGGAUUACGAUACAACACUACACUGCGCGCGAUUAUACCCCUACCUGAUCCUAACGUGCAGUCCAAUAACGCUGCACAUUUGAAUGCCUAUCCGGAAUUUUCAGCGGGGUCUACGGUCAUGGCUUUGUAUCCAGAUACAAGUUGCUUUUACCGAGCUGAAGUGAUUGCCUCUCCAAAGGACCUUGUCCCUGGAGGAAGAGCGACUUCUUCAAAACAUAUACCCACGUAUAAGCUAAAGUUUGAGGAUGAUGACGACCAAGAGCACUCGGUGCAAGCACAGUGGGUUGUAGAAUGGCCUGGAAUAUAGAUACAUCUUCCUUGUUUCUCUUUCGGACACUUGGCUACCAUGUACUGUAUUAGAGUGAUGUAGUAUGAUCAUUGAUUCCAC